AUGUCUUGGGUUUCAACUAAGAUAUACAGCUACUACAGGAAGAGCAGACUUCAGCUCUUUUGUUACGCCCUGACAGAUGUUGAACCCAAAUAUGAAUGGAAAUUGAACGGUGGACCCCUACCACCCAAUGUCGCUAUCGAGUACCAUCUUGUCAGUAGUACUCUAUUCAUUGAUAAUGCUGGACCCGAGAACGAGGGGCUGUAUUCUUGUGAACAGAACUCCAUAAAGAUGUUUACCCACCUAAUCUUUAAAACCCUACUCCUCAACAUCACUGUGCACCCACCUAUUAAAAAGGUGCAGGCCGACUUUAAGCAGCCUGCCGAGUUCCAAUGUCGUCUGGCCGGCUACGAGGAAGAAAGUGAGGCGGUAUUUCUCUGGAGCUUCCAACCGGACUCGGCUAGCCUUCCUGGCCCAUUGCCAGAUGAUGUUAUUCUGCAAUCCACUGGACAAUAUAUCAAGAUAUGGAACCCUCAAGUGUCCCACUCUGGAAAGUACUUAUGCUCUGUGCUUGGACGCACUUCACACGGUCAAUUGAUUGUUCAGGCACUCGGUGAGUCUCUUCGAAGUUGA